AUGCCGCCCCCCCACCUCCCCUCCACCUCCCACCACCGCCACCACCACAACAACCCCACCAUCAUCCUCACCCCCUCCGAACUUGUCGAAAUCCGCGCCGCCCAACGCACCUUUGAAGGCGCCUACAUGCGCACCGCCAUCGGCCAGUUCAGCUUCGCACUCAUCGUGCUCAAGAUCUUUACCUCCGAGUUUUAUAGCAUCGGGGCGUUGUUUGCCGUGUACGGGGCUGGCAUCAUGGGCGUGGGCGCGCUGAGACGGAGUGAAGGAAAUAAGCAGUUCUUCUCCGAAGUAGGCGAAGACGGACUACGACGGAAAAAAUUCCGUACGAGUGGGAAUGUGGUGUCGGUUUUGACGGCGUUGAGUGUCUCGGCGUAUGCUUGUCUGUUGGUGCUUACCUUGCGCUUGGACUCGUGA